GCCAAGCCAACUAAUCUUCCAAUCAAGCGUCUACGAAUCAUGUGCCAGUUUCAGUUCCAACACAUUUCUUAAAAGGUACAUCAUUUGCAGUGUCUGUGAAGGAGAAAGGUUGUCAAGGGAUAUAUAUCAUAAUGGAUCUUCCCAUGUCACAAAAGAAGAAGGCUACGGUUGGAGACUUUGUUCAAACUCGAAGUUGCAUCGGAGAACCUCGGAGCAACGCUCUUCAUUGCUUGUUAGAGAGACAACUUACAGUCUUUACGGAUAUCCUCAAUGAACCAGAUCCGGAAAAUCGAACUGAAUACCCACUACCCGACGAUCAUUGGAUUAAUCAGCCUUUGGCUGAAGAGGAUGAUAAGACUUUGCUUAUGUUGGCUUUGGAAAGGGAUCUCCAUGACUUCACCAAAGUGUUACUCCAAACAGGAGCCAGUGCAAAACUGUUCAACCCGAUUCUUGGACGAUCUCCAAUUCACGUUGCCGUCAUGAAUGGUAAUUUAAGGUCUUUGGAGUUACUUUUUAGCAUUGGCUCUAACAUGCCCAAUAUCAACGCUAUCAUGCGAAGUAACGGGCGUACAGCCUUGCACCUUUGCGCGGAGAAAAAAAAGGUGGAUUGCUUGAAAUUUCUCCUUGCCCAAGCCGGGAUCGAUCCCAACAUCAAGGACAAGAAGAAUGCCCAAACCCCUUUGUAUUUGGCUGUCAAAGUUGGAAGUCUGGAGAUGUCCAAAGCUUUGGUGGAGGGGGGUUCCGAUUUCGAAUACGUUUGUUUUGGAAGACCAAUCUAUCCCGAUUUGAUGAACGACAAAUUACCAGGAUUCAAUCCCACUCUAUUGCAACGAAAGGCUCCUACGAUCGUCCAGCAAUUGAGUCAAGGCAGUUUUGAGGCUUUGAUUAGCAUUUUGGACAAAGCUGCCAAAAUUCACUGCUUGCGGGGAAGCCAAUCUACCAACAAAGAUGAAGAAAGCGACCAAUUGCUUGCAGAUUUUCAAUCCCUAAUGCUCCAAACCGACUCGUUUAGUUUGAACAAUCGGGUGACCGGGGGUUCCACAAUUUUGCAGAAGGCCUGCGACCUUGGUUUGGAUGAUUACGUCGAAGAACUACUCAGCGAAGGAUAUGAUGUUGAUCCAGAUGGAACAACGGAAUCUAGGUCCAUUCCACCAUUGCUCUUGGCAGCCAAUAAAGGCCACAUGAAGUGUGUGUUGAAGUUGGCAGAGUGCAAGGCCACUUUAAAUAAGUUCAAUACAAGAACGCAAGAGUCUGUUCUUCAUUGCCUUCUGAAAACGGACAAUAGGAAUAAUGCACAGUUUGUGGAAACUCUUUUAGAUCUCUUGAGCAUGGAUGAACUCAUCCCGGAGAUUCAAAAAAUAAUCAACAAGAGAGACAAGCUGGAGAACACUGCUUUGCAUUAUGCCACCCAAAUGUGGCCUCAAACGGUGGUUAGAAAACUGCUUGAUCUGGGCGCCAAUAUCGGCAUGAAGAACCACUGGAAUGAGACCCCAGUUACCAAGAUCCGCCCAGAAACACUUGAAGCCUACUUAGAUGACUGUAUCGAGGCCGAGGGAGAAGUUAAUCAUGAAAACUUCUCGGUUACCUAUAACUACUCGUUUUUGGCCCCACCAAAAGAGGAUUUACCUUACGUCAAUCGCGACCUUGUACCUCGCGAUCCCGAAAACCAAAAAUUGGCGGACGACGAUGAAGACGAAAAGGUACCUUUGCCAGAAACUCAAACCCUCUGGCAUAUGGGCCAGUCCAAGGCCCAUCGGCACUUGCUGAAACACCCGGUAAUCACCAGCUUUCUCUACCUAAAGUGGGGUCGAAUUCGGCGCUACUUCAACCGGAAUCUUCGCUUCUACGUUUUGUUUGUUUUCGUUCUAACUUGGUUCAUCUUUGAAAAUUUUGGCGGGAAAACCCUACGCUCUGGAGAGUCCCAGAGCAUUCCCGCCCUUCACGUCUUGUACUUUGUUUUUGCUUUCAUCCUUGUGGGCUUUAUUCUCCGUGAUUGGGCCAUGGACAUCAAGGAUGUCAUGCGAGCUGAGCAAAUGAAGUCUAAUAACUCUGGUAUGGAAGAACCCACCUCAUCGGGGAAGCUGGCCUUGAUCAUCAUAUUUUCUAAUUGGGUGGAAUCACUCUUUAUUAUCUUCUUGGGUCUGGUUCUUGUUGGUGGAGUUCCCUAUCUGUGGUCAAGUUUACUUUUCCUGACCAUUGUCUUACUCGUUCGGGAAUUCUUUCAAGUAUCCGUGUCUCUUAAGCGUUACAUCUGCAGCCCCGAAAAUUGGAUUGAAGUUGCAAUGAUCUCGCUCAUUGGUUUCAUCCUGUUCUUGGGGGAUGAGCAUCACUACAAUCUAAAAAGACACUUCUCCGCCAUCGUGCUCGUACUCUCCUGGGCCGAGUUCAUAACCUUAGUGGGGAAACAUCCCAAGCUCUCCAGAUACAACGUCUACGUGACCAUGUUCUACAAAGUCCUUGCCACAUUCUUCUUUUUCUUAUGUUGGUACAUGUUUUUCAUCAUCGCCUUUGGCCUUGGAUUUUACAUCAUGCUUCACCGAGAUGGACCACUUGAUGUAGUUGGUGACGAUGACUACGUUUUCUUCAAUCGACCAUGGACCGCUUUGGUGAAGACCUCGACGAUGUUCGUUGGAGAGCUUGAAUUCUCAGAUAUUCCAAUUGAUUUGGAAAGUAACUUGAGCCCUCUGAGCUACCUGUUCUUCUUGAGCUUUGUAUUCCUCAUCGUGGUUGUUCUCAUGAACCUCCUGAAUGGUUUGGCGGUGAGCGACACGGGAGUGAUCCAGGAAAAAGCCGAAAUCGUAAGCUAUAUUUCUCGCGUCGAAACCAUUUCCUACACAGAAUCCGUGCUACUUGGAGAUCCUUUCAACUUCUUGAGCAAUUGGCCAGCUCUAAAAUGGUUGUUGAAUAUGCCAAGCUGUUCACUGUGCGCCCAAUUAUACAAGAGCAAGACCAUGCAGAGGAUCUUCAACAAGAUUACCGGGGCUACCGGUAUUCUUUUGUUUUACACAUUCCUUACAACAAAGAAACUAACAAUUAAACCAAAUGGACGCAAGAGUGAUUGCGAUUGUCUGCGAGUUGAACUCAUGGAUGAGGAUAUCAUUGCUUGUACGAAAGAUAUUGUACUUCAAAAGGAUCAACAAUCCCCUCAAGAUGACAGACUUGAGAAACUCGAGACCAAAUUCGGCCAAGGCAUGGCAAAUCUAAGUGAGAGUGUUGAAUCCCGGAUCACUCGUUUGGAGGAAAAAAUCGAUCUGCUCGUCUCAUCCAUGUACAGAGUUAAAUGAAAUGAAUGAUGUUAUGUGCGCACAUUUUGUCACUAUCAUGUAAUUCAAUCUAGUUGGCUUUAGAUUAUCGCCAACUCAGGCACCUUUAUCACAAAUACUGUAUUCUACAUGAGAGAGCAUUGAUAAUAUAAAGCUUUGUGUGAUUUUUAUAAAAGAACGUUUGAAGGAACGGC